AUGGGGAAGGGAUCAAGAAACGAAUUUCACGAAGCGAGAGAUCACGAUGGGGAGAUCUCAUCAGCACUUCUGCAAGCCUCUGACAUGCAUGCGGAGCUGGAGGACGAGUCUCCUGCUGAGAGGCGUGAAUGCCUCGACACUGCGCAAUGGUCAAGCGUGGGGCUCAGAUACGUCGUCAACGGAUCGCUCUACCUCGUAUGGUUUGCGAUCUCUACUGCUGUCAUCCUGAACGUCAAGUUCCUCGUCUCCAGCAAGGGGCAUUUCCCGUACCCGCUUGCAGUCACAGCGUGCGUCAAUGGCCUGAUGGCGCUGCAUGCGUUCGUCGUGUCAAAGAUGCCGGGAGUUCGGGUGGAUGAAGUGACUGCCUCCCAGUUCCGAUACUGCAUCAUUCCCAUCUCCCUGGUGACGGCGCUGGAGAUCGGAGGGACCAACUACGCGCUCAAGCUGCUGUCCGUGUCGUUCGCGCAGAUGGUGAAGGCAGGAGGUCCCUUCUCGGUCAUGAUCUUCGCUCUCUUCUUCAAGCUCGAGAAGUUCAGUUGCGUCCUACUUUUUUCGCUCGUCACCAUCUGUGGAGGGCUUGCGAUCGCUUCCUGGGGGCAGAUCGACUUCCAGUGGACAGGCUUCAUCGUUGCCUUCGUCGCCGUCUUCAUGGGGGGCCUCCGCUGGGCGCUGACUCAGUUGCUGCUGCAGGGAAUGUUUGAAAGCUACCAUCACCUUGCAGGCAAGGGGGAGGGGGAGGGGGAGGGGGAGGAGAAGCCCGCUCGCCGCUCAGCGAGACCUCGGCUGUCUCCUCUGACGAUGACUCUCUACACUUCUCCUCUAGUCAGCCUGGCCCUGCUUCCUGCCACCAUCAUCUUCGAAUCCGGGGGGGUCGUGGCAGUCUUGCGCGCCUGCUGCUCGCCGCCCUCGUACUACCUCAUCCUCUCCGCCUCCCUCUUCUUCAGCUCCAUCCUUGUCUUCUGCCUCAUGGUCAUCGAGUUUGUGCUCGUCCGCAACACCUCCUCCCUGGCGGUGUCGGUGGGCUCGGUCUUCAAGGAGAUCUGCACCAUCGCUGCGGGGAUUGUUGUGUUCGGCGACCACCUGACCAUGUUCAACGUGAUCGGAUUUGUGACGUGUCAGGCCGGCAUUGCAACAUAUAUCUUCAUGCACUACAGGGAUGACAAAAAGCAGCAGUCGCUGACAGACGACGAGGCCGCAGAUCUGAAGCCUGUUGUCAUGCACUCCAUGGAGGGAGAGGCGAAUCUGCGCGAGGAGUUGAUUGCUGAGCACGAGUGA